GGAGGUGGUGAACCCAAACUUUAGAAUGCCCGACCUCCCAAAAUAUGAUGGGACCAAGGAUCCACAGGAGCAUGUUGCAAACUUUGACCUGGUAAUGAAUCUUUAUGAACAAUCUGGUACCAUUAAUUCGAAGUUGUUUGUCACUACUUUUACAGGAAAGGCUGAGGAGUGGUUCACGAGUUUGUCCUCCAAUAGCAUAGAGUCACAUGAGCAGCUGGUACAGAAAUUUACAUUCCAUUUCGCAAGCAAAAGGAAACAGAAGAGUUUGAAGAAAGGGUCGUUUGCAUCGGCAUUGGCAAGAGAUCUGCCAACUGAUGUGGAACAGUUGAUGGCGCUGGCACAGAAAUACAUAGAUGAGGAGGAGAUGAAUGCGAUGAAAGAUAGAGAAUGGAGGGGAAAAAUUACAUCUCUAAUCGUCGGGCUUUUUAUGUAAUGUUCGGUUAGACUCCAUACUUCAACAUAUUGUAUUUUACUAUUACAUUUUCAUGUAAUUAAAUAUAGGU